UUUGAACCAUGUCUGAGGCCAAGUACGGAUCCAUCCACGGAAAUGCCCCCGGCACGAGAGCGGAAGGCAAGGGAGACCGACGCGCCUUGAUCUAUCGCACGACAACCGCCUUGUUGCUCGCUGGGAUACUCCUCUUUCAGCUCAACAUGGCAUGGACUCGUCCCCAUUCCGAGAACUCGUCAUCACGUCAAGACUUGUAUUCGCGCUCUGAACUUUCAUUCCUUGCAUUGAUUGACCGGGCAGCUGCCAAUGAUACCUCUUUCCCCCCUUCAAUGUCAACUGAAGCCUUGUUUCAUCGCUACGGAUUUGCCACGACAAUGUCCGUGACCACGCAUAUCAAAUUGACGCCUCAAUCGUACGAACUCCAUCUAGUCGAUGCAAAGCAGCCAUCCGACGUGUUGGCUACAUCCGUGCUCGUUCCCAGUCGACUGGACCGCUGCAGUAGACCACUCGACAUACUCGCGCCUGUUGUCCAUUUAGUAGAUUCAGCUGCACCGAUCAACUCGACCCUCGUUGGGAAUAUCGCCUUGGCUCCCUUGGGCUUACUUGCCGAGAACUGUCGCGCCAUUGCGUUGGCGGAAGCUCACAACAUGGCUAUGCUCUUGUUCUACGCGUCGGCUUCAAGCGAUAACGUCGACCACGGCAAUAUCUCCAUCUGCCCAUCCUACGAAGUCCCGCUCGACCUAACCCCUGGCUACGCAGCCACGGCUGGUGCCCCCCGCCUCAGCCUCGCCGCUGCGGAAGCCCUCCAAGGCCUGACACUUCCACUUGGUCACAUUGCCAGUGCAUCAGGGCUAGACAUCCUGACCCACUUACGAUCAUCAUCCAACGUGCUCUUACGCGUAUCUCGUCGAUGCAACCACCGCGUGCUCGCGCAGCAUCGCGUCCAUGCCACAGUGGAAGGCACGCACCCAACCAAGGACAUGGUCGUUCUCAGUACUACUACCUCGUCGUCAACGCCCCAGUCAGCCAAUUCCCCUUUGGCCAAAGUGUUGCCAGCAUUGCGAGCCCUCCUGAACACAGGGUGGACUCCAUAUCGAACGAUCCAGCUCGUGGCGUCAGACUUGGAGGGGGGCUUGUCAGCGGAUGGGGACGACAACCCCACGUUCCACGUCCACCUUGCACACACCGCACCAAGGACCAUGCCGACGGCGACGCAAUUGUUGCCGUUGCAUGACACCUUCACCCACAUGACGUGGCAUCACGUGGUUACGACGUCGUCCUCCCAUCUGCGACAGUCUAUCACUCCGAACAAGGAUAUUGGCAUUGUAGCCACCCAGAGCGCAGACAAGUUUCGGCAGACUGCGCGAAUCGACUUGUACGCACAUGAUGGAGCAACCACCACGACCAAUAAUCCACCGGACCUGUACAGUGUCAAGCUGUGGGCGACCUUGGGGCUCCGAGCCGCAACACAGCCUCUGUAUCGCUUGGCGUUGGUGGCCCCGCUGCGCUUGAUUACGUCAUCAGCGUCAUCAUUCUGCUCGUCGACAAAGCAUGCGUUGAUGCAGACCAGCAUCGAUGAGCUGGUGGCGGCGGCGGCCACUCAAGGCCGAGAAUUGGACGACAUGAGCGCAGGGGCGAUUCAGCUGUGGAAUGCCAAGUGGAUGGCAUUGGAGGCAUUGCUUGCCAAACACAACGAAGCGCCGAGUUCAUGCAUGGACGAUGCUGCUGCGGACAACAUGUCUGGCCUGGUCAAAGAAUUGGUGGCAUCGCUGCUGCACUGAGUUACAAAUGAUAUGUACGGUGAAGUGGUUGGUUCGCACGCAUUAUGAUUGUUGAUGGAUGCGCACAGUCAACUAAACACUGCAGUACAUCAUAUUAUUGUGCAUUUCGUGAUUCUUGGUUAACUGCGUUAAACCACCGACGCUAAUAAAAUAAAGCCGAUUGGAG